UAGUUGAGAGACAUGCAACUAAUGACAUGAUAAGCUUUGUCUUCCAAUCACAUUCCAAAGUACACCACACGAACUCUUAGUAGACCCACUUUCAUAAUUCAUUCAUUUCCUACUCUCUAUAUAUCCGAUACUUUCAUAUGCAUCUCUCAUUCAUUUUCAAAGUUCAUUAUCACACUUAAGUAUAUCUACAAUUAGCAUUUUUGGAUUCCACAAAAUUUUAUCAUUUUUAAGUAUGGCAAGUAGCAACGAAUUCUCGAGUUUUCAUGAAGAUACGGAGUUGAGAUUAGGCUUACCGGGAACCAAUCAAAAGAAAAGAUCUUUUUCUGAGAGUAAUGACCAGUCAACUUCUUGUGUUGAAGCGCCAAAAAAGGUACAAGCAAUUGGAUGGCCUCCGAUUAAAUCUUAUAGGAAAAACAACAUUGAAGCAACAAAGUACAAAAAAGUUAGCGUGGAUGGAGCUCCUUAUCUUAGAAAAAUUGACCUAAAACAAUAUAAGGAUUACAAUGAUCUUUUAUGUGCUUUAGAGGAAAUGUUUAAAUUUAAAGCAUUUAGCAAUGGAUCUAGAUCUGAGUAUAAACCAACUUAUGAAGACAAAGAUGGAGAUUGGAUGUUGCUUGGUGAUGUUCCAUGGGAUAUGUUCAUUGCUUCUUGCAAUCGUAUUAGAUUGAUCAAAGAGUCUGAAACUAAGGACUAGUUUCAAUUCAAGCUUGAGAACAAGAUCUAUCUCUAUAUGUGUGCAGAACCAACUCUAACAAGUUUAAGGAUCCGAACAAGAUCUAAAUUACUUACAGAAGAUCAGAUUCAAGGGAGAAUCCAAAAUACCUAGCACAGGGUGAGCCUAAUACUCAUCUCUAUAUGUUUACAGAAUCAACUCGACUAGAUUCUCCUGUGGGUUAAGUACAUCCAUAAAUUUUCCAAUGCGUUCUAUUGGAAGAAAUGAGAUGAUCAGAGUUGUUAAGCAUCAUAUGUUGACAUCCUUACAGUCUAGUUAUGUAUUGGUCCCUUUAUAGGGAUGAAAUUAAGGGCAAAGCUAGGAUUUUUCUCGAUUGAGUGUUCGUAAAAAUUAUAUAGUCGAUAAUAUGCUUUGAUGAUAUGUUCGAUUUUGUAUUAGUAAUAUAGUUGAGCUACACUCUAGAAAGUAUAAAAAAAUUUAUCACUGUACAUAAUCUAUUUGUCUAGACGACAUAUACCUAAUAUAAUGUAAUACUUUUUGAAUAAUUAUCAAUCUUUUUUUCCACCGAUAAAUAAAUAAA